CCGGUUAACCUCAAAAUAUUUUAAGUUUGGCAACGUGACGUGCGUCCACACUUCAUUCUUCAUUCGUGUUGUUGUGGAACGGGACAAGUCCUGUUCCUUUUCAUACAUUUUCGGCACGCGUUUUAGUUACUCUGUUUAGGAUUAGGUCGUUUUUUUGAAAUGGGUGGUUACAAGUACGUACAAGAGGUGUACAGAAAGAAGCAGAGCGAUGUGCUGCGUUACUUGCUGCGCAUACGCGUCUGGCAAUACCGUCAAAUGACCCGUGUCCACAGAGCUCCACGUCCAACCAGGCCCGAUAAAGCCAGGCGACUUGGAUACAAAGCUAAACAAGGAUUCUCAAUAUUCAGAGUGCGUAUCAGGCGUGGUGGCCGCAAACGUCCAGUACCCAAAGGUGCAACAUACGGUAAACCUAAGAGCCAUGGAGUCAAUGAAUUAAAACCGAAACGUUGUCUUCAAUCAAUUGCUGAGGAAAGAGUUGGACGUCGUUGUGGUGGUCUGCGUGUCCUCAACUCUUACUGGGUUGGGCAGGACGCAAUAUUCAAGUUCUAUGAAGUAAUAACUGUUGAUACUGCACAUCCCGCUAUCCGCAGAGAUGCCAAAGUCAAUUGGAUCUGCAACGCGGUGCACAAACACAGAGAACUACGUGGUAAGACAUCUGCCGGACGCAAGUCUCGAGGUCUUGGAAAGGGUCACGGAUACUCCCAGACGAUUGGUGGAUCAAGAAAGGCAUGCUGGAAGCGCAAGAACACCUUACAGCUACACAGAAAACGAUAAACCCAUUACUAUUAUAUACUAUUUUGUAUUGCAUUUUUAUGGCAACAUCGUAUGUUAAUAAAAUGGUGUUUAUUUUACAGAA